UAAAAUGUAAAUAAAAGAGAUUUGACAAAUUAAACUUUCUUUAACAUAACUAUGAGAUCCAAUUUUAACAAGAUAUAUGUUGAAUUUUGCAUUUACCUAUUUCUAAAUUUGUGUAUUUGUCAUUUAUUUAUUUGACACAAUUACAAAGUAAAUUCAAUCAAGUUGAAGCGGAAAACAGCAUAUGUAGGUAACCAAUCAAGAAAUGUUUUGAUUAAGAUUAACCAGUCAAAUCUUGUUUUAUAAAGACAUAUAAUACUUUUUACGUAUAAAUGGUAUGUCAUAUUUCAAAGAGACGGCGAAGAGAAAGGUUCAGAUAAACCGCAGGGACAUAAAGAUUUCACAAAGUACACAGACAUGGCCUAUCAGUGUGAAACGUGUGGAACUAAAUUUCAGAAGCUAAGUCAGCUCUUACAGCAUCGGCGAACAGAAAAUCAUUGGCAGAAGUAUACCUGUCCCAGCUGUAAAAAGUGUUUACUAGAAAAGACAACUUGGAGCGUCACCUGAAAAAACAUUACGAUGAAAACAACCAUCACUGCCCAGACUGCCUACGUGUAUUUAGCAGAAGGGAAGCACUUGAUGAGUAUUUUCAUCAACACCAUACUCAGUAAGGUGGUGCGGCAUCAAAACGCACUUUAGAAGACAAUGAAAGGGAAGGCGUUCCUGCCAAAAGAGCAAAACUAACUGCAAAAGAUAAUUUAAAUCUAUUCUACGAUAUAAAGAAAAUAACAGAGAAGAGGAUAGAAAAGUUCAAAUCGACGGCAACAUAUUACAAAAUUUCAUUCCAUGAUUUGGAAGUAUCAGGGCUUCAAAACAUACUUCAGUCACUGAAGAUAAUGUUUCAGUCCAUUCUUGACAAUGUGAUGCGGGAUUUAUCUUCAACAGAUUUAGUAAGAGUGUCACUGGAUAAUGCGGAACUGGAUUUCCCUAUUGUAUUGCCAUUUAUGAAACGAUACCAAUUAACUGUGGAGCGUCUGUUGUCGGAAAUUGAACGUGUGUUACAGUCGUAUGAAGAAUUUGUCCUUGAUGAUACACUUGGAAUUGAGUUGGUGCAUGUGCAGAUGCCAGUAGGAAGUGGUCAUAAACGACAGCCUUUCGUCAAUUUAGACAAAAUGCUUCAGGACAAGAAAUGCAUCAUACAGAUUCAGAACAAAGAUAAGUUGUGCUGUGCUCGGGCAUUGAUAACAGCAAUUGCACAAAUAGAAAAACAUCCGCAUUGGAAUAAAAUACGACAAGGCCGUCACAUACAGUACCAGCUUGCUGUUGAUUUACAUCAAAAGGCAAAUAUUCCAUUGCAAUCAUGUGGAAUGGAAGAAGUUAAAAAAUUUCAGAAUGUCCUACCAAAGUAUCAGAUCAUUGUGUUAUCAAAGGAACAUUUCAACAGUAUCAUCUAUGAGGGUCCAGAAGGAAGAAUUCCAGUUUAUUUAUAUCUUCAUGACGGACAUUUUGAUGUUAUAACAAAAAUCACUGCAUUCCUUAACAGGAGUUAUUUUUGCCAAUUGUGUAAAAAGGGGUACAAUACGAAAGAAACACACAGAUGCAAUUAUCCUUGCCCUUACUGUCAUCAUAUACACGAAGACGACUCUGAGGAUUGGAUAUUCUGCAGUGACUGCCAUAGAUCGUUCAAAAAUCGAACAUGUUUCCAGUGAUCAGGCAAUCAGUACUAGAUUACACAAGAAAGAACACAUCUGUGGAGAGAAGUAUUGUAAAACGUGUAAGGACUUCUUUAAAGAGGACCACUGCUGUUACAUGACACCUGUAGACCCAGGCGAGAAACUCACAGAUAGUCAAGAUGAAACAAAAUACAUCUUUUUCGAUUUUGAGUGUACACAAGAUGAUCAGAUGCAAUGUGAACGUGGAUAUAUGCCUGGGGUAAACAAAAGAUGUGUGAAUUGCAGCAAGGCUUGGUGUGGUUCAUUUGAACAUCGACCCAACUUAUGCAUCGCUCAUAAAGUGUGUGACAUGUGUAUAGAGGGCACUAUUUCUUCUACAUCACAUUGUAGCCAAUGUGGUCAAAACGAACGCAUUUUUAAAGGCUUCUCUGCCGCUUCUCUCUUUUGCCAGUGGUUAUUUUCUGAAGAAAAUUGUUGGGGGUACCGUCAUAUGUCACAAUUUUAAAGGGUAUGACUCUUAUCCGAUUCUGAGCUACCUUCAUGAUAACGCUGUACUCCCAGAAGUCAUAACAACGGGUUCUAAAUACAUGUCUAUUUAUGUUCCAGUGUGCAACGUAAGAUUCAUUGAUUCAUCAAAUUUUAUUCCCAUGUCACUGCCGGACAUGCCUAAAGCUUUUUGAGAGACUGAAAUAGCUAAAGGAUAUCUUCCACAUUUAUAUAAUAGAAGGGAAAACCAGUUCUCAGUUCUCCAGUGCCUGCCUGAGUUAAAAUACUAUAACCCCAGUAGCAUGAAACCUCAAGUAAGACAGCAGUUUUUGGCGUGGUAUUCCGAGCACAAAAAUGAAUCUUUUGAUUUUCAAGAACAACUGAUCAGUUACUGUAGAAGCGACGUAGACAUCCUUCGACGAUGUUGUCUGAAGUUCAGGUCAUUGUUUAUGGGGUUAACGUCCAAAGAGGGAAGAAUUGGCAUUGAUCUGUUUCAAAGUUGUAUUACCAUAGCAUCCGCGUGCAAUUUAGUUUUUAGAACCCUAUUUUUACAACCUGAAGACAUUGCAAUUAUUCCUCCCCAUGGUUACAGGCCAGAGGCUAAGCAGUCCAUAAUGGCUUAUCAAUGGUUAUCGUAUUUGGCACAUGAAAAAAACAUCAAUAUCCAACACGGUAGAAAUCUGGGUGAGAAACAAAUUGGUCCAUACAAAGUUGACGGUUAUUAUGAAACAAAAUUGGGCGAAAACGUUGUUCUAGAAAUGCAUGGCGAUUUUUGGCACGGAUGUCCCAAAUGUUUCUCAAAGUCCACAGUUAAUCCUGUCAGUUAAAAGACCAUGGGCGAACUAUAUUCAGAAACCAUGGAAAAGAAAAAGUAUCUUGAAAAACAAGGCUUCACAUAUGUUUCCAAAUGGAAAUGUGAAUUUAGAAAAGAUAUCGAGCAAAAUGCUACCCUUAGAAAUUUUAUUGAAAACCAAGAGUUCACUACCCCUCUAGAACCAAGAAAUGCCUUUUAUGCGGUAGGACUGAAAGCUUCAAACUUUACGAAGAAGCUUCAAAUACGAAGCAAAUCAACUACUAUGACGUCACAUCACUAUAUCCUUUUAUUAACAAGACUGGAAAAAUUGGUCACCCUCAAAUUGUUACUGAUGACUUUAAACCGUUAGACCAGUACGAAGGGUUAAUAAAAUGUAAGAUUGUGGCACCAAGAGGGCUCUGUAUACCAGUCUUACCUAUCAAAUUUAAUGGAAAGCUGCUGUUCAGUUUAUGUCGUACUUGUGCUGAAAACUAUCAGCAAUCAGUUUGCGAUCACUCUGAUGCAGAACGUGCAUUUAUAGGCACAUGGGUUACUGAUGAGGUAAAGAUGGCUAUAGCUCAAGGGUAUAAACUAGAAAACAUAUACGAGGUUUGGCAUUUUGAUACGGUUUCUCAGUAUAACGCUGCCACAAAAUCUGGAGAAAUAUUCACUGAUUACGUCAAUACAUUUCUAAAGAUAAAACAGGAGGCCUGAAACUGUAAAACUGAGCAACAAAAGAGAUUGUAUAUCAGGCAAUACUAUGAUAAAGAAGGCAUAUCAUUAGAAUACGAAAACAUUAAAAAAGAACCCGGGCUUGCGUUCAAUUGCCAAACUGAUGUUAAAUUCCUUUUGGGGCAAAUUUGGACAAAGGUCAAAUCUCACUCAAACAACCUAUAUUUCCGAUCCCUGUGACUUUUUUGAAAUGAUGACAAAUGAUCAACAAGUGGUCAAAAAUGUUAGGUUUGUUAACGAAGAAUAUGUCCAGUUAGAUUGGAUAUAUAAUGAGGAUUUCAUUGAAAUAUCCUCUCGAACAAAUGUUAUCAUAGCCGCAUAUACUACAGCCCAGGCCAGACUCAAAUUACACAGUUUUUUACAGAAACUUGGCAAUCGUGCUCUAUAUUGCGACACAGAUUCUAUCAUAUUCACAAGCAGUCCGGGAGAUGGGAACCCUCACUUGGGGAUUAUCUUGGAGAUUUAACAGAUGAAAAUCCUGGGGAUAGUAUUACCAAGUUUGUCACUGGUGGACCUAAAAAUUACGCAUAUACACUUGAAUCUCCUGACAAAAGCGGCAACUCCUCUAUAUGCAAAGUACGUGGAAUAACACUGAAUUACAAAAAUAAACUUGCAAUAAAUUUUGAUACCAUCCAGAAAAUGGUCACUGGCAAAACAAAUACAAAAGUGAUAAAGGUUGUUGAUGGAAACAAAAUGUGUCGAAAUAAAGAAGUAGGCCAUAUUAUCACAAAAACUGAAUGCAAAGACUACAAAAUUGUGUUUGAUAAGCGAGUUAUUAAAUGCAAUUAUGAUACCCAUCCUUAUGGCAUGUAAUUGAAUCGGAAUGUAAACCACUUGCAUUUUAUACAUGUACAUACUAAAUCAUACUGAUUAAAAUAUCACUACGUUUAUGUUGUAUACAAAUAAAGUAUAUAUGUAUAUAG